GGCAUUCCUGGAGAUUUUAGAAACAUUUCUACCAUGGAAUCCAUCUCUAUGAUGGGAAGCCCCAAGAGCCUGGAGACUUUUUUGCCUAAUGGCAUAAAUGGUAUCAAAGAUGCAAGGAAGGUCACUGUGGGCGUGAUAGGAAGUGGGGAUUUUGCCAAGUCUCUUACCAUUCGGCUUAUUAGGUGUGGCUAUCAUGUGGUCAUAGGAAGCAGAAACCCGAAGUUUGCAUCUGAAUUUUUCCCUCAUGUGGUGGAUGUCACCCACCAUGAAGAUGCUUUAACAAAAACAAAUAUAAUAUUUGUGGCUAUCCAUAGAGAACAUUACACCUCCCUGUGGGAUCUGAGACAUCUGCUUGUGGGCAAAAUCCUGAUUGAUGUGAGCAACAACAUGAAGGUGAACCAGUACCCAGAAUCCAAUGCAGAGUACCUGGCUUCGCUAUUCCCAGAUUCCCUGAUUGUCAAAGGAUUUAAUGUUAUCUCAGCUUGGGCACUUCAGUUAGGUCCCAAGGAUGCUAGCCGCCAGGUUUAUAUAUGCAGCAACAAUAUCCAAGCUCGACAACAGGUUAUUGAACUUGCCCGUCAGUUGAAUUUUAUUCCUGUUGACUUGGGAUCCUUAUCAUCAGCCAAGGAGAUUGAAAAUUUACCCCUGCGACUAUUCACUCUCUGGAGAGGGCCAGUGGUAGUAGCCAUAAGCUUGGCCAUAUUUUUCUUUCUUUAUUCCUUUGUCAGAGAUGUGAUACAUCCGUAUGCCAGAAACCAGCAGAGUGACUUUUACAAGAUUCCCAUUGAGAUUGUGAACAAAACCUUGCCUAUAGUUGCCAUUACUUUGCUGUCCCUGGUAUACCUGGCAGGCCUCCUGGCAGCCGCAUAUCAGCUUUAUUAUGGCACCAAGUACCGAAAAUUUCCACCUUGGUUGGAUACCUGGUUACAGUGCAGGAAACAGCUAGGAUUGCUGGGCUUUUUUUUUGCUGUUGUCCACGUUGCCUACAGCCUCUGCUUACCGAUGAGAAGGUCAGAAAGAUACUUGUUUCUCAACAUGGCUUAUCAGCAGGUUCAUGCAAAUAUUGAAAAUGCUUGGAAUGAGGAAGAGGUUUGGAGAAUCGAAAUGUAUAUCUCCUUUGGCAUCAUGAGCCUGGGCUUACUGUCACUGCUGGCAGUCACUUCAAUCCCUUCUGUGAGCAAUGCUUUAAACUGGAGGGAAUUCAGCUUUAUUCAGUCUACCCUUGGCUACGUUGCACUGCUCAUAAGUACUUUCCACGUGUUAAUUUACGGCUGGAAGCGCGCUUUUGCAGAAGAGUACUACCGCUUUUAUACACCGCCGAACUUCGUCCUUGCGCUCGUUCUGCCCUCAAUUGUAAUUCUGGGUAAGAUGAUUUUACUCCUCCCAUGCAUAAAUCGAAAGCUAAAAAGAAUUAAAAAGGGCUGGGAAAAGAGCCAGUUUCUUGAAGAAGGCAUGGGAGGAACAGUUCCUCAUCUGUCCCCAGAGAGGGUCACAGUGAUGUGAUGAAAAGAGGUGCUCGCUGUUGCCGUAUACACUUCUGUCCAUGCCAUCACGUCACCCCUCCCUCCGCAUUCCCCGAGUGGACUGUCAGUCUCCUGUAGUGUGACACCUGGCAGUGAGAUUUCAGUUGAAAUCGUGAUAGCGUUCUCUUCAAGUUAAUUUUCAUAAAUGUCAGAUUUUGCCAACAUGAAAUUUUGUAGCCCACAUGUCUUGUUAUAAUCUAGGAGUAUUUUCUUUUGUGUAACUGUAACAGUACUGUUAUUUUAACUAUAUUGCAUAACCAGGCAGAACUGUUUGUAGUUGAUAAUGUAGAAUGUUUAGAACACUUGGCAAACCAGCAGAAUUUGAAGCUUUUAAUGUUACUCGGUGUAUAGGCGUUUUCCCUGAGACUAAGGAUUUUAAUUAUUACCCAGUUUAAGAAAGAGAAAUGCAAAAUUAUAUAUUAUUGGGAAGGGACACGUCAUAUUAGCACCUAGGGUGCAUAGGAGCAUGCCUCUACUUUUAUAAAAAUGGGAUUAGAAAAUGCCAUUAAUUAUAAAAAGCAGUGUGAGUAUGAGCACACAGAAAUGAAAAAGGAAUCUGAAAUUAUAUUUAAAAUGCACUGGAGACACGGAAUGAAUACUGUUUAUGCACAACUCAUGAGAGCUUCAUUCUCUUAUGUUACAGAUCAGUUUCAUUUUCAUAUUUAUGUCAGUCAGUGACUUGGUCUCUCAACCUGUAAUUCUGCCUCCCAUGUAAUUCUGAACGUAGUCCCAACCCCAGGAGUUGUAGAACUGCCCUUAAUCUGCAGUGAAGGUAUCAGGUUUGCACAUUGUUACACGUCAGUUUGUAUUUGUUGCUUUGGCCAGUUACCAUUCUUCCUGAGUAGGAUUUUCCUGAUGUCUACUGAGGGAAUGUAUGGCAUGGUUCUAAACUCUUGUCCCAUUUAAUAUUUACAACAGACCCAUGAAAUCGUUAAAUGAUCUUCAUUUUACAUGUGGGGAACUGAAGGAUAGACAAGUUAAAUUUCCCUAAGGUCACACGGUGAAUAGGUGGCAGGUGAGCAGUCAUGGCCGAGUAGUCAUCCUUCGGAAUCCAUUGUUUGGUUAAACAUCAGAAUAUACAGCGCCUGGCUUGUCUCCAUGUACUGCAUCCAUGAUGCCAAUCUAGACAAUUCCUCUCUUGUAUAGCCAUUGAUAGUCUUUAGAAUAUGCUGUGUGCUUCAAAGGAUGUAUAGAAGUAUCCUGGUCAUAAUCUUAUCAUUGCUGGAAACCCACAAUAGCCAAUCGUCUCGUCGUGCAGCGAAGGACUGAGCGGGGAGAGGGUCAUAGCAGUGUGGGCGAACUGUGGAGAUCCUGCAGCUCUUCAGAAAUUUCCGUCAGGUGGCCAUGUCCUUUGCUCUUCCUGGGAAACCCUUCAGCCUUCACUACCAUUCAUUAGGAAGCAGUUUAUAAGAACGAAGGAUAAUAGGGCACGUGGCUAAUAAUAAAUCUACUCCAGAGACAUAUGAUCAUGUAGAUUACCUGUAAAACUUUCUCAGUGCUGGUGUUCCAUGUGUAAAUUGCAUUUUGUUCAAAUUUUGGGAUGUACUACAUUUUUUCCCAUUUGUUCCUUACUUACCAUAGUAAAGUUACAGAUAGGAUGUAAUUAUAUGUAUUCUUCCUAAAACUGUAUCAUUUCUAAAGCUACCUACUGACUUGACUCCAACCAUCAAAAAUAAAAAUGACUCUUAUUUUUGUGGACCUGUAUUUCCCACCAGUGUCUCUGUUUCUACUCCUGCAUUGUUAGUCUGGGAAAUCACUCACUAUUCUUGGAUGAUUUCUUGGUGAACUGUAAAAUUCAACACCCCAUUUUAAUUAGAUUGAUCAUAAUCAUUAAUUCUUAGUAGGAAUCCAGUAUAGUGAUGGCUUUUAACAGUAAAUACCUACAAGCUGGUGGUGCACACCUUUAAUCCAAGCACUUAGGAGGGAGAAGCCAGUGAAUCUCUGGGAGUUGGAGACCAGGCCCGUCUACAGAGUGAGUUUCAAGACAGCCAGCACCACACUGUAACUGUGUGUAAGUAAAUACAGACAUACACACAUACUGAGACUGUCAUGAACUAGUGAGAAUGGCAAUGUGUUUUCAAUAUUGCUUGCUUCUUAAACUUCACUCUAAGACAAUUUAAUGUGAAAAUACAAUGAGAUAUUUCUGAAAGUUAGAUGAUUAAAGUACAUGUUAUAUAUGUUAUGAGGUAGCCCAUAAUAUAAAGUUACUGCUAUUAUACAUACAGGGGACCUUUGGAAGUAUAAAAUUACAUAAAAGCUACAAAUAUCUUUCAAAUGACACUUUUCCUUUGGAAUGCUACAAAAAUGGAAUAGUUUUAGUUUUAUAAUAAAUGUAAUAUAGUCAUUACAAUUCUAAAUGUUGAGAGGCCCCACUCACAAUGCAUAUCUAUUCACUUCCGGUUGCUUAAUUUACUACUUCUGUAACUUUUCUUUUCAUUAAUUUUCUCUUUAUCUUUAAAGGCAUUUUUCUGGCUUCAGAAGUUGAAUGAAAUUUGUUGUUGUCAAAUGUGAGAAGGUGGUGGUAAGGAGCUUACCAUUCAAAGAGUAAGCCCUAGAGAUGUCUCAGUGGCUAUGGUGCCUGUGGAGAAGUCUGAUGAGCUGAGUCUGGUUCCCGGGAUGACUGGGGUCAGGGUGCUGACUCCUACAAGUUGUCCUUUGACAUGACGACACGCACUCUCGUGUUCUCUCAUCCGUCUCUGUCUAUUUUCUCUCACACACAUACAAAGCAAAUGAAAUAUAGUUUAAAAUCUUUAGAGGUGCAGGGAGGGUAGGGAAGGUUUUAAAGAGGAGGGAAACUUUGUUUACCAAUUUAUGUUUUGGGAAGUAUGAGUGAGAAAAUGAUAGGAGUGUAGAAAACAUAAUCUGUCUUAAUCCUUUGUAAAGACAGCUAAGUAAUUUUUCCUAUGAGGAAAAAAACUCAUAUAACAUGUAUCAUGCUACUUAGCUUUUAUGCAGAUUUCAUGUUUCCUUUAUUAGGAAUAUUUAAAACCACAUUUAAAUAUAAAUGUACUCAUAUUAACAUCUGUUUUAAGAAGAUACAUUAAAAUUUAGCUCAGAUAAUCUACAUGAGAUCUUUAUUUAAAUAUUAAAUUAUAAAUUAUGAAUAAAUUAUGAUUAUUUAUUAGAGCUAAUUAUUUUGUAUAAUACAGAGGGUAGCUGAUGAGUUCAUGCUAAACUACCUGAUUAUUUUUCUUAAAAAUUAGCAUAACUUCUAAUUGACUGAAGAAUUUGACUUUCAAAAUUAAUUUGAUAAUGAUAAAAAUAUGUUCCCACUUAAGUCAAAUUAUGAAAGUUAUUUUUAAACAGGAUUCAAGAAAUAUUCAAGAAUAUAUUCAAUGUGAUUAACAUAAUGAAUUCCAGGACAGCCAGGGCUGUAAAGAGACCCUGUUUCAAAAGAAAAAAACUCUUUCUGUCUCUCUACAUAUAAAUAUUCAACUUUUUCUAUUAUUUAUCUCUUAUGUACUGUGACAAAAGUCUUAAUAUAAAUUUUUAUGCCAUUAAGCUAUUAGUAAUAUAUUCUAUAAUGUUCCCUCCCAAAAUGUGGUUUAUUUGUAAAAUUUAAGUAUUUCACAUGGUAUUUAAAAUAUAAGUACUAUAAAUGUGAUUCAUAACUAAACUGUAAACGACUAAUUAUACCUGUAUCAGUCCAUAAAAUCCUGCUUUUGAAAUGUGCAAGCAGAAUAAAAUAAAUUGUUUUGUAAAUUCAUGACUAAGCAACGUCACAUGUAGUAUAACGUACCUCAGUCCACUGCUACCAUUCUUUGUGACAUCAGGAAAAUGAAUUGCUCAACCCUGCACUGUUCAGAAGUCAGUAAGACAAAUUCUGGCAUACAGACAGCCUUUGUAGUUACCUAAAAUGAAAGUGUAGCAAUUUUAGUGGCAAUAGUCUGUUCUUCUGAGUGUCACAGAGUGAACAGGUUCUUCAAUAAUUUUGAGAUUGACAAGAUCAUAAAGUACUUCAUUUUCAGGGGCUCUAGCCAUAUGGUACUAAAACAGUGUUUCUAUUUAGCCUAACAUGCAUACUAGGAAUUGUUGGGUUGUUUUUUAGCUUUACAAAUCACUAAAUUUCCAUUGUGCACAGAUCCACAAUGAAGGCAGGCCAGGAAUCUUCCCAGUAGCUUAGAGACACUCCUGGUAGCUAGAUGAGCUAAGGUAACUCAAAAAGCAGGUGCUUUAUACGAGUUCCAAAUUGCCAACUUGCAGGAAUUAUUCUCAUACACUUCCUUCCGAGGCUUUUCACAGUUUCACAGGUGUUCGUCCUUCACAGCUGUCUCUUUCCUCAGUCCUGGGCUGCUGAGGACUGCUGUUCACACCUUAUGAAGUGAGGUGUCCUUGUGACUGGUCUCAGUGCCUGCCUGAGAGGUGGCCUGCAUCGAGUGCUGGCCUCUGAGGCCUACUCCAAGGAAAGUGGCAUGUGUUCUUCAUGGCUCCUUCUGUCUGGCUAUUGAGGUUGUAGAUAAACAACUGUCCCUAGACAGCCAAGGCAACACUCAGAGGCAGAACGGAGGCCACUAGAAAAGAGACAACUCCCUGCUGCUUCUGCUAUUUAAACAAUUAGAACUCAGUUUCUGUGUUCUCUGAAAUCUAAAUUUUAUCCUUUCCAGUUCGCUGUCACAAUAUUAAUCUAGCAUUAUUGACUAGGUUAGACUAAUAAUUCUUUUAAAAGAUUUUAAAGGGUGAUGUACAAUUUAUGUUUAAAUUGAUAUUCUACUGUUAAUUAAUUAUACUUGUUUUCUGCCUUUAUAAAAUAUUAGCUAUUUUGUAUUGACUUGUAUGAUUUUCUUUGUACAAAUUUUUCUUGUGUGUAUUCAUUUUUGCUAAACAUCUGUAUCCGGUAAAAUACUCUUGACAAAUUGCAUACCAUGAUUUUAUGUCAUUCUCCUAGAUCUGCCUUAUAUACAUUUCAAUAAAAAGUAUUAUUUAAUGUUUGAA